CCAGGUUCAAUGUCCACAACGGCGAUGAAAGCCUCUUCCUCAGCAUCGACUUCUACACCUGUAGCUCACAAUGCACUUCCACCGCCUUCUGCGUCGACGGCAGCCCGCUCCUCACGGAUUGCCCCCCAUUCUCAUAUAAAAGGAUUGGGCCUCACUUCAGAAGUUUUGGCUGCUCCUGAUGGGGCUGGAUUCAUUGGUCAGACAAAUGCUCGAGAGGCAUGUGGCGUGGUAGUCGAUCUCAUAAAAUCUCGCAGGUUCUCUGGACGAGCGUUGCUCCUGGUGGGCGCACCUGGUACGGGAAAAACUGCUUUAGCUUUAGCCGUAUCACACGAGCUCGGAGUCAAAGUUCCAUUUUGUCCUAUGGUGGGCUCUGAAGUAUAUAGCACGGAAGUCAAAAAGACUGAAGUUUUGGCUGAAGCUUUUCGAAGGGCGAUAGGACUGCGAAUUAAAGAAACAAAGGAAGUCUAUGAAGGCGAGGUCACAGAACUCACACCAUCCGAGUCGGAGAACCCUUUGAGUGGCUACGGAAAGACCGUAUCUCACGUCAUCGUCGGUCUCAAAACAGUCAAAGGUACAAAGCAACUACGUUUGGAUCCCACUAUAUACGAAGCAAUCAUUAAGGAAAAGAUUGUGGUUGGUGAUGUCAUUUACGUGGAAGCCAAUACUGGUGCAGUGAAGCGAGUUGGUCGUUCGGAUGCCUACGCCUCUUCAUACGAUCUCGAAUCCGAGACUUACGUCCCGCUGCCAAAAGGUGACGUCCACAAACGCAAAGAGCUCGUUCAAGAUGUGACAUUAGGUGAUUUGGAUGCGGCAAAUGCAAGGCCCCAGGGUGGUCAAGAUAUCAUGAGCGUUAUGGGUAGUCUAAUGAAAAGUGGUCGGACUGAGGUAACGGACAAACUCAGAAGAGAGGUGAACAAGGUGGUCAAGGGCUAUGUUGAUCAAGGUGUGGCGGAGGUCGUUCCUGGGGUAGUGUUCAUCGAUGAGGUGCACAUGCUUGAUAUCGAAUGUUUCACGUACUUGAACGCACUAUUGGAAUCGCCCAUGGCUCCUACCGUUAUUCUCGCUACUAAUCGCGGCAAUGCACUUGUGCGCGGGACGACCGAUAUAGUAUCUCCCCAUGGUAUUCCAGUGGAUCUCCUUGAUCGUUGUCUUAUUGUGAAAACCGAUGGAUACUCUCAAGAACAAGUUGGCAAAGUUGUUCAAGUGCGAGCAAAUGUCGAAGGUCUCAAGCUUGGCCCAGGCGUUUUGGAGCGUUUGGCUCAAGAAGGAGAACGAGGGUCUUUGAGAUAUGCCCUCCAGCUUCUGACUCCCGCGUCUAUUCUUGCGGGGCUUGCGGGACGUAAUCACAUAGAUGUGGAAGAUAUCGGGGAAAUGAAUGAGUUAUUCUUGGACGCGAAAACUUCGGCAGGCAACAUUGGCGGGGAAGGGGGAUUUGACGGAGGACGGAUGUGGUAGGUGGCGAUAACCAGAUAACAAUGUGUACAGUGUGGAUAUCAGUAGUAAUUGAGCAUACAUUGUUAGAUAAUAUGCACCUGUUGAAUCCUAUAGAUGACAUUUAUAAAAGUAUAUAACCAAAAUGACACGUUAAUCUGCUUU